GUGGGUUUUUCUGUGGGAAAAGGGUUACCAGGAAACAGACUCUGUGGUCAGUUCUGUAACCACGAAGGUCAAGGGUGUAACACUGACAAACACAUCCACCCUGGGGGCCAGGAUCUGGGAUGUAGCUGAUUAUGUCAUCCCUCCUCAGGGUGAGAACACUGUGUUUGUCAUGACCAAUGUGAUCCUUACACUGAACCAGAGCCAAGGCCACUGCCCGGAGCUCCCAGACGAUCAAACAAAGUGCGAGGUGAAGAACAACUGUGUUCCAGGAUAUGUCAGCACCCACAGCAGUGGCAUCCAGACCGGGGAGUGUGUUCCAUACAACAGCAGCAUCAAGACCUGUGAAGUCUUUGCGUGGUGCCCUGUGGAGGAUGACUAUCACAUACCCAAGCCAGCGUUCCUGCGAGAAGCUGAGAACUUCACCCUUCUGGUGAAGAACAACAUUUGGUACCGCAAGUUCAACUUCAGCAAGCGAAACAUCCUCCCCACCAUCAACUCCACCUACCUCAAGAACUGCGUCUAUGAUGCCCAGACUGAUCCCUUCUGCCCCAUCUUCCGUUUAGGGAAAAUAGUUGAAGCUGCAGGGCAGGACUUCCAGGAAAUGGCUGUGGAGGGUGGAGUGAUGGCACUGCAGAUCAACUGGGACUGCAACCUGGACAGAGCUGCUUCCCACUGUGUGCCAAAGUAUUCCUUCAGGCGCCUCGACAACAAGGACUCUGCCCACACCGUCUCACCCGGCUACAACUUCAGGUUUGCAAAAUACUACAGGAAUAGUGAUGGCACUGAAUCACGGACACUUGUCAAAGCUUAUGGCAUCCGCUUUGAUAUCAUAGUGUUUGGAAAGGCAGGAAAAUUUGAUGUGAUUCCUACCAUGAUUAACAUCGGCUCUGGCUUAGCGCUGUUUGGUGUGGCAACAGUGCUGUGUGACAUUGUUGUUCUGUAUUGCAUGAAGAAGAGAUACUUCUAUCGGGAGAAGAAGUACAAAUAUGUGGAGGAUUAUGAACUGGGAGUUGGUGACACCUAUGGAACAGACCCCUGAGCUCCUGGUGCUGCAGGACCAACUGCCGCUCUAAAGCGCUGCUGGGAACAUUUCUUGACCCUGCCAUGAGACCACCCCCUCCCUGCUGGAAGUGGGGAACCAAACUGAGAAAGGGACAAUCUUCACUACUCUUUACUACUUGGGAGCCAGUCCCAGGGUGAACAACUGGGUCUGCUCCUUGUCUGCUGUCUUUCCAGGUUAUUUGCACUAAACACAGAGGGAAAACUGUACUUUAUGCCAGACCUCUGCACUGGCUGAGCCUGGGACAGAGACAGCUCUGGCAUCAUCAUUUUGCCAGUCCUGUCCCUGAGCUCACUGAUAGCAGAGGGCGCAGGACAAAAGGCACAGAUUCUUCCUUAGAUUGAUCAUUGCCAUUGCCAGGAGGUGCCUAACCUUGGGACAGCAGCUCCUUGCUGUUGUCACUUUUCUUUCCCUGAAGGAUUGUGAACAUUAGCUGAGCCAGUACCUACUAUUUCACUGGGGUUUUCAAGCUCCAGUGGCCACGGACCAAGAUGAAGCAGAGUCUGAUUCCAUUGUGCUGUGAUAAAUGGCUUACUGGUUACAGAACUUUUCUUCUGUUUUGUCUAAUUUUUAUGCUAUUACUUUAAAAUUUACUUUAAUAAAAUACUACCUUCCCUCAGCCCUCUUGAAGUUCUGCAGGCUGGGUUUUGAUUGUUUUUCUCCCCACAUAUCAAGUGUUAGUGGAGGGCUAUCAAAGCCAGGGCUCUGUGGGUUUUGUCUCUUCAUUCUCUCAGCAGAAGUGCUGCUGCAACUACAGCUGCUCUGCCUGAUUCUCCUGACACCUUGUCCAUGUCUGUUGCCUUAAACCCUCUCCAAGGGAAAAGACUUGUAAGUCAGAGGCCAAGAUCUUAGGGUCUUUAUCUGAGUGCUGGUACCAACUGCUUGCCACACCAACUGUGUCUGGGCUGCUGCAUUUAACACAGUUGACACAAUUUGAUUGAAGUGGAUUUGUUGGCUUUUAUAUUCACCUGGCUUUGAGCACCUCUAGUAAUCACAUUGACUCACAAAGUCCAGGUCCUCCCUUUCUCUGAACCUUUUGUGGUGUUACUGAGCCCCAGGAUCUAUUCCAUAUCCCCAGCAUCCCGGCUGCCUUUCUCCAGCAGCACAGUGGGUAAACCACAGCAUUACCAUUUUGUUUUAUUCUUUAUGUGCCUGCUGCAGCUGAGCACUAAGUUGUGUCCCAGCUCAAAGAGUGCCCUUGCAAGGGCACUCCAGUCUGUGCAUGUGAAUGCUCAGUUUGGAUUAUACAGUGCUCGAGCUGCUGUGGUCCCAUCCUAGCCCAAGGUCCCCAGUAAUGGUAGAGCACCAGACUUCACUAACAUAGGAGAGUGCUUUCAGAUUUCUCUUCCAACAACCACACUUUCACAGCUUGAUAAAGACCACUCAAACAGAAUAAUGGUUCCACUUGAUCAAUUAACUCUGGGUUUGGUUGCAUGUCAUUUAUUUUAACUUGUACAGUGAAGCUUGAACACCUGUGUGGAAAAACACUUAGUUGUUGGUUUAUUCUUUCUUCUUAGGUAAUAUAAUUUAAAAGUGGUAAAUACACAGUAUUUAAACUUGAUACACCUGAUAAAGUUAAAUGCAUAAUAAAGGGGUAGGAGUGAAACACAAGCCUUGGUCAUUAAACAAACAGUAUAAAAAUCAGGAAUAGUUCAGGACCUUAGAAAAGAAACAGAUCAAUUGCCUGAUA